AUGUUAGUUGAUAGAGAGGGGUUGUGGUAUAGGGUGUUAGUGGCCCGUUACGGUGAGGAGGGUGGUGUUUUGAAGGAUGGAGGGCGGAGGGCUUCAGGUUGGUGGCGCGACCUUCAACGCGUGCGUGAUGGUGGUGGGGGAGUGGACGGUGAAUGGUUUAGUAGCUGCGUCUCCAAAGUGUUGGGGAAUGGUGGUAAUUCUACUGUCGAUGAGGCUUCCAAUUUGGUGUGGCACAAAAAUGUUCCGCUAAAGGUUUCUAUUCUUGCGUGGAGGCUUCUUCGGAAUCGGUUGCCAACUAAGAUUAACUUGGCGGUUCGUGGGAUCAUGGUUCAGGAUGCGCAUCUGUGUGUGUCUGGUUGUGGGAUGGUGGAGACAGUUCAACAUUUAUUUGUUUCCUGCCCUAUUUUUAGAAACUUAUGGCAGUAUGUCCGAGCUUGGAUUGGAGUCUCUGGGGUCGACCCUUUCGAUGUUGUUGACCACUUUGUUCAGUUUUCUUAUCUGUUAGGUCAUGCGGCUAAAAAACGUUCUUUUAUGCAAUUGUUAUGGUUGGCUUGUGUGUGGGUGUUGUGGACUGAGCGUAAUAACAGGCAGUUCAACAAUACAGAAAAUACUAUUUACCAGUUGUUUGUACAGGUUCAAAACCAUUCUUUCUGGUGGCUGAAGGCAGCUAACGUUGUUCAUGAGUUAGGGGUUCAUAAUUGGUUUGCUUGCCCGUUACCGUGUUUGGGUAUAGGGUAG